AUGUCACUUGCAGCCGGCCUCAACAAGAUUCUCCCCGCCCCCCGCUAUACCCCUGACGAACCCGCCCCCUCUCGUGCUAGCGGAGCCCGCAUCCUCGGCGGCGGCGAUGCCGAGCAAGCACAGCUAGUACUCAAGAAAAACGCACCACCAGAGUACGGAAAGCGGUCAUCAUGGCGUCCCAGAUCCACUGAUGACUUUAACGAUGGUGGCGCAUUUCCCGAGAUCCCCAUCGCGCAGUACCCGCUCGACAUGGGCCGCAAAGGCUCCUCGACAACAUCAAAAGCCCUUUCCCUACAGGUUGACUCGGACGGCAAGAUAAAAUAUGACGCCAUCGCGCGCCAGGGCCACGGCAGUUCCAGAAUUGUCCACGCGUCAUUUAAGGACCUGAUCCCGCUGCGACAACGCGCCGACGUCGGCGAGAUCUCGCUCGAGCGCCCGUCAGAGGAGGAUGUUGCGGCAACAACAGAAAAGACAAAGGCCGCGCUGGCCGCUCUCGUGUCGGGUGCGGUCGCCGCUCAGAAGCCGAAGACGAUAAAGGGCACGAAUAGGAAGGAGGCGCAACAAGAUCAUCAAGAUCGUCGAGCGCCAGCAGGACCCCAUGGAACCGCCAAAGUUCAAGCACAAGAAGAUCCCCCGAGGACCGCCCAGCCCCCACCGCCGGUCAUGCACUCGCCGCCGCGGAAGCUGACAGCUGCAGACCAAGAGGCGUGGACUAUACCCCCGCCUGUAUCCAACUGGAAGAACCCCAAGGGUUACACCGUCCCACUCGACAAGCGUCUGGCAGCCGACGGCAGAGGUCUCCAGGACGUAACCAUCAACGACAAGUUCGCACAGUUCGCCGAAGCCCUCUUCACGGCGGACCGCCACGCCCGAGAGGAAGUCAAGCAGCGCGCACUGAUGCAGCAGAAGCUCGCCGAGAAGGAGAAGAUGCAGAAAGAGGAGAACCUCCGCGCCCUCGCACAGAAGGCCCGCGAGGACGCCACUCGCGGCCGCAGCCGCACUCGGUCCCGCUCCCGCUCCCGCUCUGGCUCCGCAGACUCCCGCUCACCGGCCUCGUCACGGAGUCGGUCGUCUUCGCGCGGGUCCGACACAUCGAGUGCUGCCGCAAGGACAGCUAUGCGUGCUGAGCGGCGGCGCGAGGCGGAGCGCGAGCUGCGCAUGAAGCGUAUGGGCACUGAGCGGAAGAUUGCGAUGCUGGCGCGUGAGCAGGGGAGAGAUAUUGGCGAGAAGAUUGCGCUGGGGCUUGCGAAGCCGACGCAGAGCCAGGAGACGAUGUGGGAUAGUCGGCUGUUCAACCAGAGCAGUGGGUUUGACGUGGGCUUCAAUGAGGACCAGCCGUAUGAUAAGCCGUUGUUUGCGGCGCAGGAGGCGGCGAAUAGUAUUUACCGCCCGAAGGUCUCUAUGGAGGAUGAUGAGGAUGCGGCGGAGGGCGAGAUGGAGAGGAUCAAGAAGAGCGGGCGUUUCGAGGUGCUGGGGAGGGCGGCGCAGGGGUUCAAGGGGAGUGGCGACCAGGAGGCUCGCGACGGCCCCGUCCAGUUCGAAAAAGACACCGCAGACCCCUUCGGCGUGGAAGCCUUCGUGAAGGCUGCCGGAGAAAAGGCAGGGCAGAAACAUGGCCUGCAAGAGAGAGAAAGAUCCCCCGCUGGAGGGGCCUCAAAAAGACAUAGGAAUGCUAAUUACGAUUAA